CCUCAUCCCCCGGGGCAGCGCCCUCUAGUCAUUCAUUCGCUACCCACCCCGGGCAGCGCCCUCUCCCACCGGUCAUGGCCUCCUCCCCUAUCGGCCCGCUUGUCCUGGUUGUCUUUGAGUCUAUCCUCGAAGUCUUCAUCAUCUGCUUUGCUGGAUGGAUACUGGCUGUCCAGGGCAUUCUCGACAAGAAGACGCAGAAGCAAAUCAACCGCGUCAAUGUCUCCUUGUUCACGCCGGCGUUGCUCUUUUCAAAAGUUGCUUUCUUCCUCACACCAGCCAAGCUGGCCCAACUAUGGGUCAUCCCUAUCGUUUUCAUCAUAGUGACUCUGGUUUCGAUGGCGGUCGCGUAUUUGCUGGCAUGGAUGCUCAAGCUCAAGAAGUCGCAGAGGAACUUUGCGAUCGCAGCCGCUAUGUUCAUGAACUCGAAUACGCUCCCAAUCGCCUUGAUGCAAAGUCUCGUCGUCACCGUCCCCAAUCUCAAGUGGGGAGACGAUGACACCCAAAGCGAUAUGUUGGGCAGAGCAUUGACUUAUCUCGUGCUAUACUCUACCCUGGGCAUGAUUGUACGAUGGAGUUACGGUGUCAGGCUCUUGGCGGAUGCGGAUCCAGAGGCUAUACCAGACGCCCCGGCGAAUUCUCCCGUCGGGCAGAAUGACAACGCGCAUACCAGUUCGAUGGAAGCUGAUCAUACCCUGCGUCGUGAACCAUCUUCCCUGACUGACUCUGACGACGCGAAGACCCUUACGCACGUUCGCGUCAUCGAGGAGCCCAAGUCUUUGCCAAGCUCACGAUCCAUAUCGCCCCAACCCCAGGCAUCGACAUCCGGCACACCUUCCUUAUCUCCUCUGGGAGAUGUGGUCCCAGAGCUGGAGGCCUCGGUCCCGGACUCGCGCUCGCGACGCGUCUGGAACCGCAUCCGCAAAGCCUGGGCAGGGUUCUGCGAUUUCAUGACCGUCCCUUUGUGGGCCGCGCUCGCCUCCAUCAUCGUCGCGUGCAUCACACCGCUACAGGUGUUCAUCGAGGACCACGUCCCACCCAUCACAGGCGCGCUCACCCAAGCCGGUAAUUGCUCCAUCCCCCUCACGCUCGUUGUCCUCGGCGUAUACUUCUACACCCCACCCGAUAAGCGCCAACAGGACGAGCAGCUCCCUACGCAUAAAGGGGAAUCAGGCGCGCCCGGGGAGACGAAGACGGUCCUUGUGGCAGUGCUGGCGAGGAUGGUGAUCACGCCGAUACUGCUCGUGCCACUCAUAGCAGUCGCGGCGAAGUACGACCUACAGCGGCUUUUCCAAGACCCUGUAUUCAUCGUGUCGAACGUGCUCCUGAUCGCGUCGCCGCCUGCGCUCACGCUUGCGCAGAUCACACAGGCUGCGUCGGGCGACGCUUUCGAGCGUCUCCUCAGCAAAACGAUCUUCUGGUCGUACUGUGUCCUGACCGCGCCCUCCACUAUCAUCGUAGUUGUCCUUGGGCUGAUCCUCGCCAAGCUCUAAUCCGAGCUACGUUCUUUUGCUUGAAUUGCUCUGCUGUUGUCUCGUCAUGCUCAAUCUUGCAUCAUACAAUUCUCAACGGCAUACAUGUGAAUCCAUAUGACGGACUUGAUUUGUUUUUUUUUGCUGAUCUCGAUUGUUGAAUUCUCAUACAAGCGCGGUGUGUCCUCUAGCCUUGAGAAGCUGCGCCUGGUACGUACGUAUCAGGCGUGUGCGUGGGUGUAUACAGGGACUUAGAACGUGUUGCCGAUCCAUAGACUGUUCUGGCUGUAUUGUAGGCCUUUUCUACACCAUCCCCGAUACAUUGCAUCCAACAUGUUGGGCAGCGCAGACGAGGCUCGCUGGUGCGUUUGCUCAAGGCAAAUAGGCGCUGAUGGCAUAUCGCCACUACGAGAGAUGCGAAUUCGGAAUGCGUUUGUCUCGCCGAUGCACACAGUGCACGCAUGCAUUGACCCUCCAUUUCCGUCG